AUGCCAUCUAAUACAAACCUAUUGAAAUCUUCUUGCGCCUUCGAGAGCAUGGUGAAGAUGUCCACGUUGGACUCUUUUCUGUUCGACCUCUCGUCGUUCUUGUCUUUCAGCCCCUCCAUCAGAGAUUCUAUGAGAAACCGUUUGAAAAAUAUGUCUCAAAACGAUGCUACUGGCAUCGCAAGAAAUGAAGAAGUUGUGGAUGAAAUAACUAGUGAUUUAAACGCACAAUGCAGUAUAUCACAAGAAAACGAUAAGUCUGGAGCCACAGCUGAAGAUAUUGCUAAAGCCGAAAGGGACAGUCAAAUACCAGAAGAUUUCGAAGAUUCUAAUACAGAAUCAAACAAGGAAGACGAAGACGAUUAUGUAAAUGAACAGGCUCUGGAAGACCUCGAAGCAACCCUUAGUGAUGAUGAUAAACAAUUGAAACAUCAAGAGGCUUUACAGUUGAAAGCACAAGGAAAUGAAGAGUUCAGGGAUGAAAAAUAUGUGGAGUCUAUUAGCACAUAUACUAAGGCACUUAGGAUAUGUCCUUUAAAAUAUUCUAAUGAUAGGUAA